CCCUGCAGCUUCAGCACCAGCAGAGGAUGGCUGCAGCCAAGACCGAGAUGAUCCUGCCUGCCCUGCAGAUCUCUGAGCCCCUKAGCUUCCCUCACUCCCCCAUGGAUAACUACCCCAAGCUGGAGGAGGUGAUGAUGCUCAGCUCUGCGGGGACCCCCUUCCUCACUGCCUCUGCACCCGAGGGUGCGGGCUUUGGCUCCGGCGAGCCAGGAGAGCAGUACGACCACCUUGCAGGAGAUACGUUAUCUGAAAUCCCCUUCAGCUGCGAGAAGCCAGUGGUGGAGCAGACCUAYGCCUCGCAGAGGCUGCCCCCCAUCUCCUACACUGGCCGCUUCACCCUUGAACCCGCCAGCACAUGCAGCAACAGCCUCUGGGCGGAGCCCAUCUUGGGCCUGUUCACCAACCUGAUGAGCAGUGUUGCUCCGUCGUCCAACUCUUCUUCGGUCUCCGCACAGACCACCUCAUCCUCCUCAGCAGCCAUACCAUCCUCCUCCACCUCUUCUUCAACCUCUUCGACCUCUCAGAACUCCAGCCUCAGCUCCUCGAUCCACCACAGUGAGCCAAACCCGAUCUACUCAGCUGCCCCGACCUACUCCAGCCCCAACUCAGACAUUUUCCCAGACCAGGGCCAGGCUUUUCCCAACUCAUCUGGAGGAGCGCAGUACCCUCCCCCYGCCUACCCCAACAACAAGACCUGCAGCUUCCCCGUGCCCAUGAUUCCUGAUUACCUCUUCCCACAGCAGCAGGGAGAGAUCAGCCUGGUGCCCCCGGACCAGAAACCCUUCCAGAGUCAGUCGAGCCAGCCUUCCCUCACUCCUCUGUCCACCAUCAAGGCUUUUGCCACUCAGACUGGUUCACAGGACAUAAAAAGUGUGUACCAGUCCCAGCUGAUAAAGCCCAGCCGCAUGCGCAAAUACCCCACCCGGCCGAGCAAGACGCCACCUCACGAAAGGCCCUACGCCUGCCCUGUGGAGACCUGCGACCGCCGCUUCUCACGGUCCGACGAGUUGACACGUCACAUCCGCAUCCACACGGGCCAGAAACCCUUCCAGUGCCGCAUCUGCAUGCGAAACUUCAGCCGCAGCGACCACCUGACAACGCACAUCCGCACGCACACCGGGGAGAAGCCCUUUGCCUGCGAGAUCUGCGGACGCAAGUUUGCACGCAGCGACGAGAGGAAAAGGCACACAAAGAUCCACCUACGGCAGAAGGACAAGAAGGCGGAGAAGGCAGGCGCUGUGGCGGUGACAUCAGCGCCCGUAUCGGCUGCUUCGCCUGCCUCCAGUUACCCCUCGCCCAUCACCUCCUACCCAUCUCCGGUGUCUUCGUACUCCUCUCCAGUCACCUCCUGCUACUCCUCUCCCGUCCACACUUCCUAUCCGUCUCCUUCCGUCGCCACCACCUACCCAUCGGUGUCCAUGUCCACCACCUUUCAGUCCCAAGUCGCCUCCUCCUUCCCAUCCUCGGUUGCAUCGAACAUCUACAGCUCCCCCGUCCCCACCCCACUCUCAGACUUGCAGACCACCCUCUCCCCGAGGACAAUCGAGAUCUGCUAAAAAAAAGAAGAAGCAGGGGAAAAAAAACUUUUUUAUUCUCUCUACGCACUUCUGCUUCUGCAAGAGAUUUUUUUAUGAGGGGAAAGAAAUCAGCAUCAAAAGGACUUUGUUUUCUUCCUCCWAAAAGCACUUUCCUGCUCCCUGUGCAGUGUUAGGCGAAUCUUAAGAUUUGCCUGAAAGAAAGUAAAAGACACAUGUCAAGGAUCGGGCAAGGACAAUACAACUUGAAAAGGGAUUUUUUUCUCUCUCUGUGUUUGUUAAACAAAUAGAGCACUUCAAAUGUAUAAGGGACUUCAGAAACAGGGAGUAGAAAGCAGCUGACGGGUUUGUACUUUUAGCGCCCCAACCUCYCUAAAAACAACAAGACAUUCAGAUUGCCAGCGUUGUAGUGCUGAGGCAUGUCCGUCCUUGAGGCAUUCACUCAAAAGACAUUGGAUAAUAUACAUAAGCUAUCAUGUAUGUAUAUUGUACAUGUGCCAUGUUUUGUUUCUAUCAUUCUUUGAUACCACUGAUGUGAACAACUCUUUGCAUAUUUGCAUUGUAUUAUUUGAAGUGACCGGGGCCAUAUUUUCUACAUACUUCUUCUAUUCUGUAGUGAUGAUGCUGUGACACGUUUUGACGAUGUUUGGAAAAAAAAGGAAAAAAAAAGCACUUAAGUAUUCGAGCAUGAGUAAGAGUGAUGUUAUUUCUGUUUGUAAAUAUCAUCCCACUGCUACGAUCUCCUCCUCACGUGACAUAUCGCUUGGUUCUACGAAAAACAACUAGAAAUGAAAAAAAAAAAACACCAUUUUUUAAAAAGAAAAUUGAAACAAAACAAACGCUCCUGUUAUUCGGUGCCUUUUGUGAAGCCUUGCAGAUGUUGUGACUCGGCUGAAUGCGAGAAGAGGAUGCACUGCAUCUCGCCUUAAGGGUUGAGGGAAUAUUUUUGUUACAGAAUGUACGUACUCCGAGGAGAGAGGAGGAAAAAUAAAACGGGGGGAUGAUGAGCUAUGAGGGCACCGCUUCAUUUUGUCAGAAUGUAAGCAAAAAAUUWAAAAAAUAAAUAAAAAAAUAAGGGAUAUAAAAGUAUAUUUUUGUAAAACUUACGUGUAAAUAUCCACAUCUUCAAGAGCUGGAAUGUUGAAGUUACCUACUGAGUAGGCAUGGGAUUCUUUUGUAUGUUAUAUACAUGCAGUUCAUUAUUUUGUGGUUUAUCUUUAUUUUGUAUUUGUGUUUGUUAAAACAAGUGACUGUUUCUGGCUUCUAAACACAUUGAAUGCGCUUAACUGCCAAUGGGAUAUUUGGUGUACAAGAUAUCCUCCCAGAAAUGAAAUAUAAAUAAAAAUAUAAAUAUAUAUGAA